AUGGAUCCAGAAGAGCAGGAACUAUUGAAUGACUACAGAUACCGAAAUUACUCUUCGGUAAUUGAAAAAGCUUUAAGAAAUUUUGAGUCGUCAAGUGAAUGGGCGGAUCUCAUCUCUUCCCUUGGCAAGCUCAACAAGGCUCUCCAGAGUAACCUGAAGUAUUCCCUGUUGCCAAAGCGGCUGAUUAUCAGCAAGCGAUUAGCUCAGUGCUUGCACCCAGCCUUGCCCAGUGGCGUGCACCUGAAAGCCCUAGAAACCUACGAGAUUAUCUUCAAAAUAGUUGGGACCAAAUGGUUGGCCAAGGAUUUGUUUCUAUACAGCUGUGGGCUGUUUCCUCUCCUGGCAAACGCAGCCAUGUCGGUGAGGCCUGUGCUCCUAGGCCUAUAUGAGAAGUACUUCCUCCCACUGCAGAAAUUGCUCCUGCCCAGCCUGCAGGCCUUCAUCAUUGGCCUGCUGCCAGGCCUCGAGGAGGGCUCCGAGAUCUAUGACAGAACGGACGCUUUGCUGCUAAGGCUGUCGCUGGUGGUUGGCAGGGAAGUGUUCUAUGCCGCCCUCUGGGGCAGCGUGCUGGCCAGCCCAGCCGUGCGCCUACCCGCCUCGCUCUUUGUUGUGGGCCACAUCAACCGCCAGGUGCCUGUCAAGGAGCAGAGGUUCAUGCUGGGGACGGAUCACCAGCUUACGGUGAAGUCUUUAUGCGUGUCCCUGUUGGACUCCAAUGUUCUGGUGCAAAGAAAUAAUCUGGAAAUCGUCCUGUUCUUCUUCCCAUUUUAUACUUGUCUGGACCCGGAUGAGAGAGCCAUUCCUCUGCUCAGAUCUGACCUGGUCCGUGUUCUCUCGGCCGCCACCCAGACCCUGCUGAGGAGGGAAAUGUCGCUCAACAGGAGACUCUAUGCGUGGUUGCUAGGUUCGGAUAUUAAAGGAAGCACCAUUGUGCCAGAAUCUGAAAUCUCAAAUUCUUAUGAAGAUCAGUCCUCUUAUUUUUUUGAAAAAUACUCCAAGGAUCUUUUAGUUGAGGGCCUGGUUGAGAUAUUGCACCAAGACUUGUCAGGUGUUGAAGUGGAGGAACUCCAUCAUGCGUACCUGAAACCUUUCCGCAUCCUCAUCAGCCUGCUUGACAAGCCAGAAAUAGGCCCUCAUGUGGUUGGGAGCUUAUUUCUGGAAGUGAUCAGGGCCUUUUACUCUUACUGCAGAGAUGCUCUUGGCUCUGAUCUUCAGCUGAGCUAUACACAGAGUGGAAACUCCCUGAUCAGUUCAAUUAAAGAGAACAGAAAUGCUUCUGAGAUUGUUAAGACUGUGAACUUGCUGAUCACAUCGCUCAGCACAGACUUCCUUUGGGAUUACAUGAUGAGGUGUUUCGAGGGUUGUUUUAGGCCGGUGAAGCAGAGAGACCCUGUCAUGGGGAAGAGCGUCAGCAGCGCCCCCUGCGUCUCAGAGCUCUGCACCCUCCUCGUGUUCCUGCUGGACGUUAUCCCCCUGGAGCUUUACUCUGAGGUGCAGACCCAGUACCUCCCACAGGUGCUCAACUGCAUGGUGCAGCCGCUGGCUGAGGACAUGGAGGCCCUGAGCUUACCUGAGCUCACACAGGCCUUGAAGACAUGCUUCAAAGUGCUUAGCAAAGUCCAGAUGCCACCUUCCUACCUGGAUACUGAGCCAGCCAGUGAGAGCUCGAGUCCAGUGAAAGGCGACAAUGGGGAAAUCAUCUUAGAAACGAAGGUGGUGAUUCCGAGUGAUGAAGACACACCCUUUCCUCCACUGAAAUCUGAAGACAGCGGCAUCGGGCUGAGCGCGUCCUCACCAGAGCUCUCCGAGCACUUGAGGGUCCCCAGGGUGUCCCCAGAAAGAGACGACGUGUGGAAGAAGGGUGGGAGCAUGCAGCAGACCUUCCAUUGUAUCCAAGAGCUCAUCGCAAAUUUUGCAAACAAGAACAUCUUCGGGGUCUCCCUAACUGCAUCGGGUGAAGAAGGCAGGUCAGAAGAGCCUGUAGGCAAGAGGGACAAGAGUGGGGCCCAGGAGGCCAUCGUGGAGGACACGAGCAGGAAGAACUCGUGGGAAGCCAAGGCCAUCACUGUGCCCCAGUUCAAGCAGAUGCUUUCAGAUCUCUUCACAGUUCGAGGUUCUCCAUUUAAGACAAAAAGUCCAGCAUCUCCAUCAUCAUUGCCCAGCAGCCCUGGCAGGAAGAAGGAGGGGGAGUGGGACGUUACCCAAGUGGUGAUUGACUUGGGGGGCUCUCCAGAGGACUGCAGGGAGGCCUUCGCUGCUGCCUGCCACCUGCUGCUGGACUGUGCCACCUUCCCCGUCUACCUGUCCGAGGAGGAGAUGGAGCAGCUCUGCCAAACGCUCUUCCAGCCUCCUGGCGAAAGUGACUCCACAUUUCCAUCUUGGUUGAAAUCCCUGAUGACCAUUGGCUGCUGCGUGACCGACUGUUACCUCCAGAACGUGGCCAUCUCCACACUGCUGGAGGUGAUCAACCAUUCCCAGUCCCUAGCACUCGUCAUCCAAGACAAGAUGAAACGCUAUAAAAACUCUGGACACAACCCAUUUUUUGGCAAGCUGCAGAUGGUUACAGUUCCUCCAAUUGCUCCAGGGAUAUUGAAAAUCAUUGCUGAGAAAACAGACUUCUACCAGAGAGUGGCCCGUGUGCUUUGGGAUCAACUGAAUAAGGAGACCCGGGAGCACCAUGUCACAUGUGUGGAGCUUUUCUACCGCCUGCACUGCCUGGCUCCGACGGCCAAUGUCUGUGAAGACAUCAUCUGCCAUGCCCUCCUGGACCCUGACAAGGGCACGCGGUUGGAAGCGCUCUACCGCUUUUCUGUGUUAUGGCACCUGACGAGAGAGAUCCAGGGCAGCCGGGUCACCUCUCACAACCGCUCCUUCGACAGGUCCUUGUUUGUCGUGCUGGACAGCCUGGCGUGCUCAGACGGUGCCAUCGGGGCAGCAGCACAGGGCUGGCUGGUGCGGGCUCUCUCCCUUGGGGACGUGGCACGCAUCCUGGAGCCUGUGCUCCUGCUCCUACUCCAGCCGAAGACCCAGAGGACCUCCAUCCACUGCCUCAAGCAGGAGAACUCAACAGAAGACUUGCAUCGUUGGUUCAGCAGGAAGAAAAGCUCCUUGAAGGAGGCGUGCAGGGUUCCCGAGCUUCCUGAGGACGGUGCCGAGGAAAGCCUGCUCCUGAGCCAGCUCACUACCGUGGACCGCGAAGCCAUCUGGGCAGAAGUGGAGAAGGAGCCAGAGAAGUACCAGCCCCACAGUGAGCUGAGCGAGGAGGACCUCCCCUACUAUGUGGACCUGCCAGGUGGGCCCGCGUGCAGCGCUCCAGAGAGCAGCGAGCACACUGAGUCCGCAGACACCUGCUCUGGGCACACGGACAGCGAGAACACGUCCUCCUUCUCUUCCCCAUCCCAUGACCCCCAGGAGCUGAAUAGCGAGGAGAACUGCUGUGUGCCUGUCCCAGUCAGCCGGGCCUACUCCAAGCGCCCUGCCCUGCUAGCUGCCUUCCAGUUGGAAAAUUUCAAGUCCAAUGCCAAGUUGAGCCUGGUGCGCGUGGACUCGGACAAGACCCAGGCCUCGGAGUCGCUGUCAAGCGAUGAGGAGGCCGACCUGGAGCUUCAGGCACUUACCACGUCCCGGCUGCUCAAGCAGCAGCGGGAGCGCCAGGAGACCCUGGAGGCCUUGUUCAAGCACAUCCUGCUCUAUCUGCAGCCCUACGAUUCCCGGAGAGUCCUCUACGCCUUCUCCGUGCUGGAGGCCGUGCUCAAGACCAACCCCAAGGAGUUCAUUGAGGCCGUGUCCAAGACCAGCAUGGACACCAGCUCCACCGCACACCUCAACCUCAUCUCCAACCUCCUGGCACGUCACCAGGAGGCCCUCGUGGGCCAGAGUUUCUACGGGAAACUGCAGACCCAGUCCCCCAACAUGUUCCCACACUCCCUGCUGAUUGAACUCCUCACCUACCUGUGCCUCAGUUUCCUGCGUGCCUACUACCCUUGCUACCUGAAGGUCUCCCACCGGGACAUACUUGGCAACAGGGAUGUGCAGGUCAAAAGUGUCGAGGUUCUCAUCCGAGUGAUGACACGGCUGGUCUCAGUGGCUAAGUCUGCAGAUGGGAAGAACGUGGAGUUCAUCCACAGCUUGCUGCAGAGGUGCAAGGUGCAGGAAUUCGUCCUGCUCUCCCUGUCUGCAUCCAUGUACACAAGUCAGAAACGUUACGGCCUGGCCACUUCUGAGCGAGGACGGGUACUGCAGGAGGACAGCCUCUUUGAGGAGAGUCUCAUCAACUUGGGCCAAGACCAGAUCUGGAGUGAGCACCCGCUGCAGAUUGAGCUGAUCAAGCUCCUGCAGGUGCUGAUCGUCCUGGAGCACCACCUGGGCCAGGCCCAAGAGGAGGCAGAGAACCAGCCUGAGCUGUCCCGAGAGUGGCGGCGGGCCCUGAACUUCCAGCAGGCCAUCAGCGCCCUGCAGUACGUGCAGCCGCACCCCCUCACCUCCCAGGGCCUGCUAGUCUCAGCUGUGGUGCGUGGCUUGCAGCCCACCUACGGCUACGGCAUGCACCCCGCCUGGGUCAGCUUGGUCAUACAUUCUCUGCCGUACUUUGGAAAGUCCCUGGGCUGGACUGUGGCACCCUUCCUAGUACAGAUUUGCAAGAACUUGGAUGAGCUGGUCAAACAGUAUGAAAGUGAAUCUGUGAAGCUCUCUGUCAGCAUAACUUCCAAGAGAGAAAACAUUUCUCCGGACUAUCCUCUUACUCUUCUGGAAGGCCUAACAACCAUUAGCCACUUUUGCCUUUUGGAGCAACCCAACCAGGGCAAAAAGACCUCUGCAGGAAGUGAUCCCACCAUCUUGAGAAAUGCCAAGAACGCCAUUCUGGAAGAGCUGCCUCGAAUCGUGAACACCAUGGCACUGCUCUGGAAUGUGCUCCGCAAAGAAGAGUCUCAGAAGAGACCCGUUGAUCUCCUCGGGGCCACAAAAGGGUCUUCUUCAGUUUACUUUAAAACAACUAAAACCAUAAGACAAAAAAUUUUAGAUUUCUUGAAUCCCUUGGCAACUCAUCUUGGAGUUCAGCUAAUUGCAGCUGUUGCAGCAGUGUGGAGCAAGAAGAAAGCUAAACAUCACAGUAAAAUAAAGAUUGUUCCUGCGGCCAGUGCGUCCCAGCUCACCCUUGUCGACUUGGUCUGUGCCCUCAGCACUCUCAAGACCGACACGGUGUUGCACCUGGUGAAGGAAGUGGUCAAGAAGCCGCAGCAGAUUAAGGGCGACGAGAAAUCACCCCUAGUGGAUAUUCCUGUGCUGCAAUUUAGCUACGCUUUCAUCCAAAGGCUCCCGACACCAGCCCUGCAAGAGAACUUCUCUUCAUUGCUUGGAGUGUUAAAGGACUCUGUGCAGUUGAAUCUUGCUCCACCAGGAUAUUUUCUGCUCCUCAGCAUGCUGAAUGACUUUGUAACAAGAACACCCAGCCUAGAAAGCAAGAAGUAUCAAAAAGACUUACAGGAAGUCACGCAGAAAAUCCUAGAAGCAGUGGGGAACAUUGCUGGCUCCUCCCUGGAACAAACCAGCUGGCUGAGCAGGAACUUGGAAGUGAAGGCCCAGCCUCAGAUCGCGCUAGAAGAAUCUGAUGCUGAGGAAGAUGUGUCGGAAGCUGCUGCAGUGUCUUCGAUGGUGUCUGCAUCUGCCCCUUCUGUGUACAGCGUCCAGGCCCUCACUCUCCUGGCAGAGGUUCUGGCAUCUCUCCUGGACAUGGUUUAUCGGAGUGAUGAAAAAGAAAAGGCUGUGCCAUUAAUCUCACGUUUGCUUUAUUAUGUUUUUCCUUACUUGCGCAACCACAGUACCUACAAUGCUCCCAGCUUCCGUGCUGGAGCUCAGCUCCUGAGCGCCCUGAGCGGUUAUUCCUACACGAAACGAGCCUGGAAGAAAGAGGUCCUGGAUUUGUUUUUGGACCCAGCUUUCUUUCAGAUGGAUAACUCCUGUAUUCAUUGGAGGUCCAUUAUUGACCAUCUUCUGGCUCAUGAAAGAACCAUGUUUAAAGAUUUAAUGAACAUGCAAAGCAGUUCUUUAAAGCUUUUCUCAAGUUUUGAGCAAAAAGCCAUGCUGUUAAAGCGCCAGGCUUUUGCUGUCUUCAGUGGAGAAUUUGAUCAGUAUCACCCUUACCUUCCACUGAUUCAAGAACGCCUGACAGAAAAUCUCAGAGUUGGACAGACACCCAUAGUUGCUGCUCAGAUGUUUCUUUUUUUCAGAGUUUUGCUGCUAAGAAUAUCUGCUCAACAUUUGACUUCUCUGUGGCCAAUAAUGAUCUCUGAACUGAUUCAGAUAUUCACACAGCUUGAAGAGGAUCUGAAAGAGGAAGAUGAAUCACUGAAAAAUAGCAACAAAAUAAACAGAACAAAAGUUUAUAUUCCUGAUGGAAAUGGGUCCUCAAAGGGAGAGAUUGCCCCAAGUGAACUCAUCUUAUAUUUAUCAGCUUGCAAAUUCUUGGACACAGCACUUUCUUUUCCGCCUGAUAAAAUGCCCUUAUUUCAAAUUUACAGGUGGGCAUUUGUUCCAGAAGUGGACACGGAGGGUUCUGCCCUCCUGUCAGAGGUGGAGGAGAACCACCAAGAAUGCAAACCCCAUACUGUUAGGAUUUUAGAACUUUUAAAAUUAAAAUACGGGGAUAUUAGCAGCUCUGAUGACAACACUGUGAAGAAUGAAUUUCCUCUUCUGCGCCAACAUUCUGUCUCCAGCAUUAGGCAACUGAUGCCAUUCUUCAAGACACUAAAUUGUGCUUUUAAAACACAAAGUAAACUUUCUGCUGACCCUUCAGGACCUCUGUCCUUAGAGGAUCGUGUCACGGAGGACCCAAGGGUCUUAGAACAGCUGGAAGAAAGUGUUGAACACGAUUUUUUGGAGCAUAUGGAAUGCUAA